UCCUACGCCGAGGGUGGGGCGGCGGAUGCGCAUGCGCGGGCAGAGAGCGGGCUGGUGCGGGCCGGGCCGGGCGGCCGCUCCCCUCGCUGGCAGUGCUCGCUAAGAUGGCGGACUUCCUGCCGUCGCGCUCUGUGCUGUCGGGCUGCUUCCCCGGCUGCCUGCUGACCAGCGGCGAGGCCGAACAGCAGCGCAAGUCUAAGGAGAUCGAUAAGUGCCUCAACCGGGAGAAAACCUACGUGAAGCGCCUCGUCAAGAUCCUGCUGCUGGGAGCGGGCGAGAGCGGCAAGUCCACCUUCCUCAAGCAGAUGCGGAUCAUCCACGGGCAGGACUGGGACCGGGCGGCCCGCGAGGAGUUCCGGGCCACCAUCUACAGCAACGUUAUCAAGGGUGUGAGAGUCCUUGUGGAUGCCAGAGAGAAACUUCAUAUCCCCUGGGGAGAUCCUGUUAACCAGAGUAACGGAGAUACCAUGAUGGCUUUCGAUACCCGCUCAGUCACGGUGGUGCAAGGAAUGGUGGAGACAGCAGUUUUUUUACAGUACCUCCCUGCCAUAAGAGCUCUGUGGGCAGACAGUGGGAUCCAGCAUGCGUACGACAGGCGCAGAGAAUUCCAGUUGGGGGAAUCCGUAAAAUAUUUCUUGGACAACUUGGAUAAACUUGGAGAACAGGAUUAUCUUCCCUCACAGCAAGAUAUACUGCUGGCAAGAAGACCCACAAAAGGGAUUCAUGAGUACAACUUUGAAAUAAAGAAUGUUCCUUUCAAAAUGGUUGAUGUAGGUGGCCAAAGGUCAGAACGGAAACGUUGGUUCGAAUGCUUCGACAGUGUCACAUCAAUACUCUUCCUUGUUUCCUCAAGUGAAUUCGACCAAGUGCUCAUGGAGGAUCGGCAGACGAAUCGCCUGACGGAGUCCCUGAACAUUUUUGAAACAAUAGUCAAUAACCGGGUUUUCAGCAACGUCUCCAUCAUUCUCUUCUUGAAUAAGACGGACUUGCUUGAGGAAAAAGUACAAAAAGUGAGCAUCAAAGACUAUUUUCCAGAAUUUGAAGGGGAUCCCCACUGCUUAACGGAUGUCCAAAAAUUCCUGGUGGAUUGUUUUCGUACCAAACGCCGGGACCAGCAGCAGAAGCCCCUCUACCACCACUUCACCACUGCUAUUAACACAGAAAACAUCCGGCUAGUUUUCCGUGAUGUCAAGGAUACCAUCCUUCAUGACAACCUCAAGCAGCUUAUGCUACAGUGAUGUGCAAAAAGACAUUUUUAUUUGAGUAACUCUUGUGUGUUGUUUUUUUUUUAACUAGAAGUUUACAGCAGGAGUAGAGAAAUCCAGAUCCUGUCAGACUUCUUGAUAUGUGGCUAAAAGCUGCUGCUGAAAACAUUAUUGCCAAUUUCUGCAGAAUUUCAGGCUUAAUCUCUCCCAGUGUAGCUUCAAGUUGACUCGAGUUGUAAUUUUAUAGCAGACCUAUGUCUAAGUUACCUGUAAAGUGAUUAAAUUUGACCUUUUAAGAACACGUAUAUUAUCUUAGAAAAUCAUUCUAUAUUCAGAAUUCCAAGUCCAAACUUCAUUGAAAUUGUUGCAAUUGUUGAGCUUUGGCAGUAAUUUUAGGGGGGCAAACCUUUCACAUCUGACUUCAUAAUGAAGACUGUGAUACUGUAGCUGACUUACAAUUUCUCAGGUCUAUUGUUGGCUAGAAAACCCUUAAAUCUCUCACUGGAAUUGUGCAUCUGAAGCUAGGAUUCCUGGGUGUAACGUUCUUCCUGUUAAGCAUAAACCUUUGCAUGGGUUUUGACCAGGAUGUGCUUUAAAAAUCCUUGGAUUGGGGGCUUCAGUCUCGUGGCAGGAGGUAGCGGCGCAGGCCCAAGUGCAGCGGGGUGCAGUGAACGGCACAGAGCAGCUUUCACUCUCUUGCACUGUAAGUCCUGCCUUGGAGCCGUGGCAAACACAGAGCACGAUGAUACGGUCCUCUUGAAGUUCUGAUGUGGGAAGGGGAGCAAGCUAAACUUAUCUUCACAAACCAGAUGUGACAUGCAGGUACCUUGCCUUUUCUUGAAGCGCUUCAAUACAUGGCUGGUUUAUGACCUCCUGCAGUGUGCCUCCUCGCGAUCAGUAAGGGUUUGGAUGGAUAGAAGUACUCGCAGACCUAAGUGCCUCCUUGUGUUCUGUCCUACAGUAUUUUCAGUGGCCUUAUGCAAAUGUGUGUUCCCAGCAGAGGCCUUGUGUAGCUGACACCGUGAAGAUGAAUGUGUUUUCUGAAAAAAGGGCAUCACAGCAGAAUAUGCUUCAGCUGAUGAGGUUCUUUCUGAGACUUCCCAGUUGGGUCUAGCAAUCCUAAGUGUACUUGAGCCAAACAUGUUGCAUAGCGUACUUUAGAGUGCUGCUUGUGACUAAUAAUAUUUUACCAAAAGUUCCAUUGCAGUUAU